AAUCAGGCCAGCGUCAAAUCCAGUUUUUCUGCUGGGCCCGGGUCCUGCCCGGGCGGGUAAAAGCAGCAGAGGGAGGAGGGGGGGUAUGUGCGUAAAGAAAAGACCUUACGUCACGUGACCGCCUCUUACCCUCGAACCCAUCAUUUGAGAAAUAACGUAACAUAUUUCAGUGUGAACAGUGCCUGGUCUGUCUGUUUCCUCCAAUGUGUUUUCUUGCUGAUUAAUCCAGAGGAUGCUAUUUCAACGAACAGAAGGAUUCUAGCGAUAUUCUCGGACUAACCUGGAGCUUGGUUUUGAAGGAAUCUGAGAUUGAAGUCUGUGUUCCUCUUUGUGAGUAGAGGAAAAUACUGAGCGGUCAUCAUGGCAGAAAACAACUUCCCUCCCCUGCCUCGAUUCAUCCCCCUCAAGCCAUGUUUUUACCAAGACUUCAACGAGAUCCCAGACCAGCACCGCACCAUGUGCAAGAGGCUCUACUACUUAUGGAUCUUGAACAGUGCAACGCUGGCUGUUAAUCUGAUUGGGUGCUUGGCGUGGAUGUGUGGAGGUGGCGGAGCGACCAACUUUGGCAUGGCCUUCAUCUGGCUCAUCCUUUUCACCCCCUGCUCCUACGUGUGCUGGUUCAGGCCCAUCUACAAGGCCUUCAAGACCGACAGCUCCUUCAACUUCAUGGCUUUCUUCUUCGUCUUCAUGGCCCAAGUGGUGAUUAGUAUUAUCCAGACUAUUGGCAUUCCAGGCUGGGGAGUGUGUGGCUGGCUGGCUACCAUCACAUUCUUCAGCACCAACAUUGGCUCAGCUGUGGUCAUGCUGAUUCCCACUGUGAUGUUUACUGCCGUGGCUGUACUCUCCUUCAUCGCACUAACAAAGGUGCAUAACUUCUACCGUGGUAGUGGAGGCAGCCUGGGUAAGGCCCAGGAGGAGUGGGCCACUGGAGCCUGGAAGAACCCUCAUGUCCAACAGGCCGCUCAGCAGGCGGCGAUGGGAGCUGCACAAGGAGCCGUGCAGCAGAACCAGUACUCAGCAGCUCCCACCUACAACUAUGACGACCCAAUGUAGGACAGAGGAGGGGGCCAGGCUGCCGUGUGGGAGAGUUAAAAAGGGAUCAAUUAAGAACACAACUCAGAAUUAGGUGCCCUUCAUUAUAACACGGUACAAUUCAAACAGAACAAUGUCAUGAUUUUUAUUUGUAGGGAGUGUGCUUUUAUUUGAUUCACAGGCGUGACAUGGGAGUUAAUAAUUAAAGUCAGUUCACCUUUGAAUCAACAGCCAGUAAUUAAAAAGCUGCUGUUUGUUUUAUAAUCUCUUAUACUGCUCUGUUUUAGCCGGUCAGUGUGUUGCUUUAAAGUGGAGAAACAGAAUAUUUGUAAAACCAGAACCCUGACCCUCUUCAGUUUAUUCAGGUUGGAUAAUCUGUUUGAAACAGAGAGACUCCUCCGCCUCUGCCUCCUGUUAAACAUCUUGAAAUUACAUUUCAUCUUUUUCAAUGGGUUGUAGAAACUCCAUUGUUCCAUUAGUCUUUAAGGUCUCCAAACACUAAAUCAUUUGACGCUCAGUUGAUGGACUGCCAUUGUUUGAAAUCCAGUACAUGCAGAAUGUGUAGAGACGUUUAAAUGAAUGAUUUGACUAUUUAAAAAUGCUUCUCGCAGAGAGUAAGAUGACAUGAUGACUACCCCAUGUUGUCUGUGUUUCAAGCUGGCAGAAAUUUUCCCUCAGUGCAUAUGUUGAUAUGAUUAAUGUCUCCACGCAGAAUCAAAAUUUUACUAUGAAAGAUGUUUUUUUAACACAGGAAAAUUAUUUUAAGGUUGAAUUAGAGAAAACAAACGAGGACAUAAAUUACUUAAAGCUAUUCCAGAGUCACUUUCUGCAAUAUUUAAUACAUUUAAUUCUUGCAGAAAGCUUUUAUACUUCAUAUACUGGUGACCAGAUUGUUUUUUUUGUUUUAUUAACAUGUGAGAAGAUGAUCUGUGUCAGAAAAACCCUGUCCGUUUCAGUCGUCAUUUUUACAUACUCUGGACAGGUGAUGACUCCCUGGUUCUUAAUUCUACCUUUAAAGCCCAGGCAGUGGAAUCAUGCUGGGCUCUCGUCUCCCUUUGAUCACCUGUAUUCAAGCAUUCAGGAGGUGUUUGGUUCUGUCAUUGCACACUGGUUAUGUGUUAAGCAGGUUGAUUUCAGUGAAAACACAACUUUAACAUGUUAAAAGUGAAGCACAUGCAGUAUUUAGGAUUGCAGUUCAUUGGAUAAAACAUUCCAAAUCAAUGUUGUACAUGUUAAAAGUGAAAGAAAACCAAAACACAUGCAGGUUUAAUGUACAGUAAAUAUUAAUAAUCAUUGUUGUAGGUGGUCAUAGCAUCGUAUGAAGUGAUGGAUGUUCUCCCCCCCUUUGGCGAAUUCUCCCACGUACCCCUACAUGUAAAUGCUUAAAUGACUACUUGUUUCUGAAGCUCUGGAUUUCAGGCCUUGGUGUGUCAUUUUGUGGCUGUUGGUGUUAUUCUAUGAGUAGCUGUAAUAUGAUAUUAACAUAAAGAAAACAGACUAUAAAAUCAAGCCCAUUAUUUCCUUUUUUUCCAGUGAAAUUGAAAAGGGGGAGUUUUUAUGUGUAGCCCUCGUGAGGCUGGAGAUGGUGUCAUAUUGAUUUGUCUGAAAACGUCUUCAGCAUUCAGUAGGUGAUGAUUACAGUCGAACAGUAUUAGACUUGAAACAAAUGUGAAGAUUUGUAUAUGAAUGCUCGUUGUUCCAAAACCUGUGAAGCGUCUUGUCUGAUUGUGAUGAUGUGAUAUUUAAUAUAGGCUGUUGUUUUUACUUUUUUAGUUGUUUUUUUGUAUCUCCAGAUUUUUUUUGUGCGUAUUUUGGAUGAUGUGUGAGUGAGUUUGAAGUUGUUGUCUUUCCAUGGCUGUUUUUUUUUUUUUUUUUUGAUUACUACAAUUUUUUGAAAGUUUAAAGUAAUGUUUGCACUUGGUGACCUGUUGACAUCAAUGCAAACUGAAUUCACAGUAAAUCACAGUGCAGCAAUAUUAAGAUAGAUAUAUUCAAAGUAGAUUUAUUAGGAGUUAGUGGGUCCUGUUGUGCAGGCCUCAGAUUUAGACAUGAAUCAUAGAGACCCACAACUUAAUGAAAUUGGGUAUUGUUUUCCAGUUGGACACUAGUAUAAUCAAACAUUUCACCAGCAGAUGCACAUACAGUAACCUUGAGUGUAACCCUAUAAACUGUACCAUCCACACGUUCAUCUGUUAGUAAAUGCACAAAGUUUAGCCAAUCGUAAAUUAAGUGUAAUGGAGGUACAAAGAUGAACCAACAAGCUACUUUCCUCUGUGUGUAGUGCGCUUUCAUGGUAAACUUUGAAUGAGCCCAUUAUUAUGUACAUACAGCACAGUUAAUGUGAUUAUUGGAAUUACAGCUGUAUAGUUAUCAUGUAGCAAAAAACACUGCAUUUCAUGUUGCUGUAUCAAAGCUUCUGAAAGCCAUUUUCCAUUUGACCACACCUAUUGUUCCCACAUGUACUGUAUAUUGUUUGAUAUGUAUGAUCAUGUACUAUAUCAUAACUAGAUAUAAAUAUAUAAUUACUCGAGGUGAGGUAAAUAUUAGCCAUGGAUAAACACAUCCAGUAGAAACAUGCUCUGAUAAAGGUGAAUGAAAGGAGGCUGUGUCUCCAUGAGCGAGGUCAAUGAGGAAUACAUUUUUGUGUAUUACUUUUGUAUUAUUUGGUCUUACCCUGAUAGAUAUUAAACAAUUCUUGUUGCA